AUGCCUCUCUACGAGAUGUUGUGCAUCACCAGUCACAUUCCAACCUAUAAACAUAUCCGUGAAUUAGUUGGUCAAGCCGCUAUGCAUAUCAUGAACAACGGAGGUGUCGUUCGAAACAUCAACUCUUGGGGCACCAAGACCUUGCCUCAAAGAAUGAAGCGUCAUGGAUCACCUCAAUCUGCUGGAGACUACUGGACGCUUCACUUCGACUCUAGUCCCAGGACGCUGAGGUCUCUAAAUGGAAUCAUGCGAAGUGAUCCUCGUGUGCUGCGAUGGACGGUGCUGAAACUUGCAGACAGAGUAGAGGAUCUUUCUAUCAAAGGGGAGAAGGUUAUACUGCCACAUAAACCUACCGUUCAAGACAUUAUUGAUUAA